AUGUCGACGACGACGACGACGACGACGACGAUGAAGGCGAGCGACCCGGGGUCCGCGUGGUUCGGCAGCGGCGCCGGCCGGACACCGUCGGCGGCGGGGACGGGCCACAACACGCGUCUCAUCACCACCGCGGUCGCCGCGUUCGUGUCCGUGCUCGGGCUUGCCCUCUUUCUCCACCUCUACGUCUGCCACGUCCGCCGCCGUAACCGGCGCCGCGCGGCGGCCAGAGCUGCCGUGCUGCCGACCACGGCGGUGGCGGCCCCGACGAAGUGCGGGCUGGAUCCCGCGGCCAUCGCGGCGCUGCCAACCACCAUCUACAGGGAUGACGUGGGCGGCGAGGUGGGCGCCGGCGGCACCGACGAGUGCACCAUCUGCCUCGGCGCCGUGGAGGACGGCGAAGUGGUGCGCGAGCUCCCGGCCUGCGGCCACGUGUUCCACGUCCCCUGCGUCGACACCUGGCUCGCGUCAAGCUCGUCGUGCCCGGUCUGCCGCGCCGAGGUGGAGCCGCCGCCGCCGACGGCGACGGUGGGCUCAGCUCGGUUCGUGCAGGAGAAGGUGCAGGACGCUGUGAAGGAGGAGGCCGGCAGCUGCAGCUCGACGCCGGAGCGGGGGAUCGGUGCCUGUGCGUCGCUGAUGAAGAUGUUGAGCAGGGAGGGGCCGGCGCCGCGAAGGCCACAGGGCGCCUACGCCGAUGCCGGGGACUUGGACGACUUGGAACGGCAGCAGUAUGCUGUUGCCGUGAAUAAUUAA